GAGUCACUCACCUCCGUCCUCUCUUCCCCAACCCCGGCUUCCACCCCGCCGCCGCCGCCCGCGGAUCCACCCGAGCGGUCAGAUCCGCCCUCACUCCCUCCCUCCCUCCCUCCCUCCCUCCUCGCGCUGGAAACCCUAGACCGCCCGGCCAUGGCGACCCAGGCUUCACUUCCACGAGAGAUCUGCUGCUCCCUCCUCCUCCUCCUCCUCCUCCAACGGUGGUCUUCUUCUUCUUCUUCCCUCUCUCUGACCCCUGUCGCGUCUGUCUGUGUAGGUAGCUUGAGGGCAGCGGCCAGUGACCGGGGCACCCAAAGAAAGGAAACCUUCUCCGCCGCUACAGAGGAGGAGAGGCUCGAAGGAUUCGUGAGGUGACAACCGUUUGCCCAGCCCACAAGUUGUGCUGUUUCCAAAAAUCCCCACCCCACCCAAAACGGAAGCACGAGUAAACAAGGAGGCUUGUGGCCUUGUGGGUCGCCUCUCCUUCAUCGGCGACGCCGCCGACCACUCGUACCCGACCUACACCAAGAUGAUUACGGAUGCGCUCACCGAGCCGGGAGGCACCUCCGGCUGGGCCGCCAUCGCCGGAGGAGGUGUUUCGUCGGGGAUCAAGAGAAAGAAGAAGCUUGGGAGGCCAUUCAAGAAGAGGCCGCCGAGAAACCCGCUUGGGGGGCUGAGGAAGGUCAAACAGACAGAUUCUGAAGCAACUCCAGCCACGCCGUCACCGUCAACUCCAGCCGCGCCGUCACCGUCAACAACCGGUAUCAAGAUACCGUGUGGGAGGCCGAGAAAGGACCAGCAACCAUCACAAGCAGCAAGCUCUCCUGAUCCGACUCCAGCACGGAGGAUCGAGACAGCGGAAACUCAAACUGGGCAUAGGAGCCCAAUGCUAACAGAGAAUCCACCACCAGCAACAAUGUCUGGUGAUGAUGCGUCGAUGAGAACCAAGAGACUGCUCGCGAGGCAAGCAAGGGAGGCACCGCCAGCGGCAACGCCCGCUCCUAAAACUGGAAUCAAGAGAGGGCGCGGGAGGCCAAGAAAGGACAAGCCAGCAGCACCAAUGUCUGCUCAAGCUGGAGGUGCCACGUCAACGGGAAUCAAGAGCAGGGGCGGGAGGCCAAGAAAAAAAAAGUCAGCAGCAGCAAUGUCUGCUGAAGCUGGAGGUGAUGCGUCAACGGGAAUCAAGAGCAGGCGCGGGAGGCCAAGAAAAGACAAGUCAGCAGCAGCAAUGUCUGCUGAAGCUGGAGGUGAUGCGUCAACGGGAAUCAAGAGAAGGCGUGGGAGGCCAAGAAAAAAUGAGUCAGCAGCAACUUAUCCAUAUCAGGAAUCUUCAAGUGGUGACCAUAGAUGGACUGAACAUGUUGAGCGACAGAGUGGUGUGGGUUCGCAACCAUUACCGGGAGAGACCGACCAACAUUUAGGAGAUGCUGAAAUGGAAGGUAACACCGGAAAUGGGGACAAUACUCAGGCAGAUCCACCUUACUUAGAACCGCGGACUGUGGCUCUUGUGCCCAGCCAGGCUUGCUUGCAAAUGUCUAAGGAAGUUGAAGCUGAGGCCAAUCCUGUAAUUCAGUCAGCCCAACCAGCUGUAGCACCAGCACAACUUCUGCAAAGAGAGGCAGAGCAAGUAGACUGUUCUGAUAGAACACCAGCUCAGACUUCAAGUGGUGACCAUGGAAGGAAUGAAGAUGUUGAGCAACAUAGUGGUGUGGGUUCAGCAGAACCAUUACCGGGAGAGAUUGAACAACAUUUAGGGGAUGCUGAAAUGGAAGUUAACACCGGCAACGGGGACAAUACUCAGGCAGACCCACCUUAUUUAGAACCACAGACUGUGGCUCCUGUGCCCAGCGAGGCGUCCUUGCAAAUUUCUAAGGAAGUUGAAGCUGAGGCCAAUCUUGUAAUGCAGUCAGCCCAACCAAUUGUAGCACCAGCACGGCCUCUGGAAAGAAGGGCAGAACAAGUAGACCGUUCUGGUAUAACAUCACCUCAGACUUUGCAACCUGAAAUGCAACCGCCAGCAUGCAGGGAAGCUUGUACUCAGACAUAUCUGAUAAUUCAGUCUUCACAACCAAGUACGGUACCAAAUGGGCUUUCACAAAGGGAUGCAGAACAAGCAAGCCUUUCUCGUGUACCAUCAUCUCAGUGUUUGUCAUCUGCAAUGCAUUCAUCGGUUCCACCGUCCAGUAUUCUGCUUGAAAGAGCACACCCUGAUCAGUGUCAACCACCAAGCCAUCAACCUGAGGCUGCACCGGGUUCUUCACCACAACUAUUUCCGGUGGCGCCAAUCAUGUUUAAUCAUCCACCAGUUGGUGAUGAUCCAUCGAAAAAUGAGUUGCACAGAUUACGGUUACACAUUCACUCAACCCACCAACUAAAGAAAUCACAACUUAGGACCGAGUGUAGCCAAGAAAUGGAGAAGCUCAAACAAAAGUAUGAUUUGUUACUUCGAGAACAAGAGUCCACUCAUCUUCAGCAAACCAAGACACUUGGUAAUCUAUGUGGGAAAGUUCUCCUCAACCAAUCACUAGCUGAAGAUCUUCGGGCUAAAUUCGUAUCUUCUGGAGAACAAGUUAGAGCCCCUGGCCCUCCAAAUCACCACACACCCCACUGGAUUGCUUCUCAGCAAGUUCCCAUGAGGCCUUCAGCGGUGGCAUCACCAACUACGUCGUCAUCAGCUGGUCGACCACCAGUGCUGAUACAUCACAUCCAACCGUUACAGGUCGAUGGACCAUCACCAUCAUCAUCGCCAUCUUCACAAGUGGGAAGCUUUGGAGUCCAGAGUGAACUAGCACAUGCACAUGCUCCUCGUCUUCAGCACAGGUUGCUUGCACAGGCGCAUUCGAUGGCAUCUGCAAAUCAGCAGCAGCUUCCAACUGGGUUGGAGAGCAUGUUUGCAAGGACAUGGUCUACCCCUGUGACUCCAAUAAAUAUAAGACAAUCAUGCCCACAUGCAGUUCCCCCAGGGAACCCAUCACUAUCAAGCUUGCAUCCAAGUUCACACUCCACUAUACCCUUGGGGCCAUCAAGUUCACAUCAAAUUCAUCAGGUUCCACCACUGCCAUCAAGUUCACAGGCCACUGUACUCGCACCCGUGGGCCCAUCAAGUUCACAUCAAAUUCAGCAGGUUCCACCACUGCCAUCAAGUUCACAGGCCACUGUACUCGCACCUGUGGGCCCAUCAAGUUCAUAUCAAAUUCAGCAGGUUCCACCACUGCCAUCAAGUUCACAGCCAACACGCCUGCCAUUGCCAUUGCCAGUGCCUUCGAAUCCAAAUCCAGUUCUUCCACUAACAUUACCACGAGGUUUGACUACGACAUCUAGUGUUUCCUCAGCUGCGUCCAGUGUGUUGCCAAGUAAAGGUGUUGGGCCUUGCGCACCAGACUCGCCGCAGUCAGAUUCUGAUGCAGAAUCACUGGAUCAAUUUCUAACCAGUAUUGGGGUGCCCAGUGAUCCCCGUGGCGUGGCGGCUCCUGAAGUGAUAUGCCUAUCUGAUGAUGAAGAGACCGAUGACCAAACCAAGCAAGAAACGCCGCUCGUCGCUGAAGUGCCCCAACAGAAGGUUCCUUGCAAGUUUUUGGUCAAAGGUGAUGCUUGUAAACAAGAAAUAUUGAUGCCCAGAUCGAUUUUAUAAUCACAAAUUUGUGAUGCAACUCCUUGUUUCUACUAGAGAACUUUGAGUAACAUGUACUAACUGGGAUUGCUGCUACUUAAUGCUUAACGCAACGCCUAAUUGUAUGUGACAUGUCACUUAACGCUUACGUGGAUAGUACAGGUAGGCACGUCCAGCAAGCACCCAGCCUACUUGGUCGCUA